CAUAUCCCGCCCCAUUCACCACGUGUUUCGACAACCACCUCCCCCCCUCCUUUGCUCCUUUCGCUUCACAACAACAAUGAUGACACCUGAACAGCUGACGGCGUACAAGGCGAGGGAGAGGGCGUGCAGGAAGGAGGUGCCAGAGUGUGAGCUGCAGCCCUGCGGAGUGUUGGAAGGCACGCACCUGUCCUGGUUCCUGCUCGUGCCGGGGAUUGCCGUUGUGCGAGGAGCACUGGAUGCCGAGACGCAGCGGCAGCUCAUCACACGCGCCCUCACACGGUACCCGUAUGAGUACGUGUCCAACCUGUCCAAGGACUAUCGUCUCGUGCACAACCUGUGGGACCUGCACGUCAGCAAGAGUGAGGAGCGCGUGUGGCAGCGCCCACAGCACCAGCGCGAGACGUUCCUGCGCCACGCACCGCCGUGUCACCUCCAUGGCGAUGGUGGCACUGGUGGCGAUGGGGAGAGCGCAGACGGGACAUCCACGCAUGCGUGUUGUCGCGGCGGCACAGAUCACCACAGUGUCGCUGGCUUGGAUGAUGGCCGCGCAGUGGGCAGCAGCGAUGGUGCAGAGCAAGUGGCUGGGUGUGGCUCAAGAAGCAGCGACGCAGCAGCGCUGGCCAGCCGUGAUGCUGAAGCGCAAGGGAGAGGAGGCCCACACGAUGCAGCAGCACAUGCAGAUAACACGCGCCCUAGCCACUCACCAGACAAUCAGCACCCACACACAGCCAGGACAGCAGGGGCACCAGCAAAGACAACGGCAGCAGCAACUCCGAAGACCAAGUGUGUGGCUGGCCACAAGCUGCUGCCAAAGCUGCGCUCGCUCAACAUGGGGUACCGGUUCAACUGGUUCUCGCGAACGUAUGACGAAGAGGACUUUGCGCCACUGCCGGCUCACCUCGACACGCUGUUCCGGCAGCUGUGUGCCUUGACGCGACCAAUACACGGCUACGGCACGAUGCGCCCCGAGGCCGUAGUCGCCAACUACUACAAGCACAACGACCGCAUGAUGGGCCACGUGGACGACAGCGAGGAGUGUGAUACGCCGCUCCUGUCGCUCUCGCUCGGAGCAGACUGCCUCUUCCUGUGCGGGCCGGAGGCCAAGUGUGCCCGCCUGACGACGGGGGACCUGCUGAUUAUGUAUGGCCCGGCACGGCGCUACCGCCACAGCGUGCCGCGUAUCCUGCCGCUGUCACAGCCGGCGAACAGCAUGCUUGACGGCAUUGAGGCGGCUGGCGUGGCAGACUACAUUCGCGCUGCUGGCAUGCGCAUCAACAUCAACGCACGCCAGGUGAAGCUUGACACAAGGCAAGGCGGAGAAGAUGGAGAUGAAGUAGGAGAAGAGGAGGAGGCGGGAUGAAGGAAACAGGAUGGGGAAGAGCAGCACCGGCACUACUGAGGGGAGGGAGCACAGCGUGACUUGCCCUCUUGCAUACGUGUGCGUGUGUGUGUGUGUGUGUGUGUGUGUGUGUGUGUGUGUGUGUGUGUGUGUGUGUGUGUGUGUGUGUGUGUUGAGAUACCUCCUCUCCUCACUUGCUUGGUUCACUGGAGGGUUGUUUAUGAUGGGAGAGACAACACGCACGACGCGACAACACGCACGACGCUAUAACAGCGCGCGGGUUCGCAAUCGCAUGGUGCACGCAGUACACAAUGGCACCCGC